CCUAUCCAGCCAGGUGUUGUGCAAAUGUGGACCCGGUUUUAAUUUUGAAACAGCCGAGACCGGAAGACCGGGCCGUCCUGCACAUCUACGUAACGACAGUCGCUGCCUGACUACUCCUUAGCGACCAGAGACUGUUGAACACCAGGCUCCAGCCUUUUAUACUCCGCUAGUAGGAAGUUUUGUUGCGGUUAUUGUUCGCGUAAUGUAGAAUGGCGUCGACCUUUGGGAAGAUAGUCGUUAAUACGUGUGUGGAGAUAAAACGCAGUGAUGGACGAAUACAUCAGGCUAUGGUGUCCUCAUUGAACGAGGAGAAUGAGAGUGUCAUCGUGGAGUGGAUUGAAAAUGGAGACACUAAAGGGAAAGAGAUUGAUCUGGAGACUAUAUUUGCACUGAACCCAGACGUUGCACCAGAUGAGCAUAUAGAAGAAAGCCCAGGCACGCCGCCACCACCUACGCCUGUCAGUUCAAAAAUCAACAAGAUUGCAAAGAAUCGGCGAACAAUAGCACCUACAAAGAAUGACGCUUCAUCCAGGGAUAAUAGAGGAAUUCCGACCCGAGCCAAACCUCCACUGCCCCAACAGCCAGAACCUGCACCGCCACCUCCCGUCCAACAGCCUGUACAAACCAACCAAAAUCAGAUGCAGCAGCAGCAGCAGCAGCAGCAGCAGCAGCAGCAGAAUGAGUCUUCACAUCUGCAGAUGUCCAGAAAGGAUAAUGGACAGCUUUCCAGGAGAAAGUCCAACUGCGUGAAGGAGGUGGAGAAGCUGCAGGAAAAAAGGGAGAGACGCCGGCUUCAGCAACAGGAGCUGAGGGAGAAGAGAGCUCAGGAGGUGGAUACAACCAUCCCGAACUAUGAGAUCAUGUACAUGAUUAGAGACUUCAGGGCCAGUCUUGACUACCGGCCACUGACCACAGCAGAUCUGAUUGAAGAGCACAGGAUAUGCGUGUGCGUGAGGAAGCGUCCGCUGAACAAGAAAGAGCUGUCCAUGAAAGAUUUGGACGUCAUCACCAUCCCCAGCAAGGAUGUGGUGAUGGUUCACGAGCCCAAACAAAAGGUGGACCUGACCCGCUAUUUAGAGAACCAGACUUUCCGUUUCGACUACGCCUUUGAUGAAAGUGCCACCAAUGAGAUGGUGUACAGGUUCACAGCAAGACCUCUGGUGGAGACCAUCUUUGAGAGGGGCAUGGCAACCUGCUUUGCUUAUGGCCAGACAGGCAGUGGAAAAACACAUACAAUGGGAGGAGACUUUUCAGGGAAGAAUCAAGAUUGUUCCAAAGGAAUUUACGCUUUAGCUGCUCGGGAUGUAUUUCUCAUGUUGAAGAAACCCAACUACAAGAAGUUAGACCUACAAGUUUACGCAACCUUCUUUGAAAUAUACAGUGGAAAGGUGUUUGACCUGCUGAAUGGUAAAGCAAAGCUCAGGGUCCUGGAGGACGGGAAGCAGCAGGUGCAGGUGGUGGGCCUUCAGGAGAAGGAGGUCAGGGGAACAGAGGAUGUCUUGAGGCUCAUCGAAGUGGGCAACAGUUGCAGGACGUCGGGGCAGACCUCAGCUAACGCCCACUCCUCCCGAAGCCACGCCGUGUUUCAGAUCAUUCUCCGCAGGAAGGAGAAAAUGCACGGGAAGUUUUCCCUCAUCGACUUGGCUGGAAACGAGCGAGGCGCCGACACGUCCAGCGCCAACCGCCAAACUCGACUGGAGGGAGCCGAGAUCAACAAAAGCCUACUGGCACUCAAGGAAUGUAUCCGCGCUCUGGGACGGAACAAAGCUCACACCCCGUUCAGGGCGAGCAAGCUCACCCAGGUCCUGAGGGACUCCUUCAUCGGAGAGAACUCUCGCACAUGCAUGAUUGCCACCAUCUCCCCCGGCAUGACGUCCUGUGAGAACACCCUCAACACCCUGCGUUACGCCAACAGAGUCAAGGAGUUUGGGAUUAGUCCGUCAGACAUCCCCUUCUCUCAGGGAGGUCAGGGCCCGCGCUCCGAUCUCUCCCCCACCAAUACCUUUGAGUAUGAUGACUUUGCUGCCACGUCCCCCAGCAGGGUCAAGGAGCUGACGGUGGAUCCCAACCAGGUGAUGGAGGGGGGCCGUCCCAACAUCCACGCUGGGAAUCCGCUGGAUUAUCUGGACGAUGAGUGGGUGACGGCCUCGCCUCAGAGAGAUGACCUCAAGUUGCUCUGUGAGCAGAAUGAGGAGGAAGUGUCUCCACAGCUCUUCACCUUCCAUGAAGCCGUGUCUCAGCUGGUGGAGAUGGAGGAACAAGUCCUGGAAGACCACCGUGCUGUUUUCCAGGAGUCCAACCGGUGGCUGGACGAUGAGAAGGUGCUGCUGGAGAUGACGGAGGAGGUGGAUUACGAUGUGGAAUCUUACGUCACUCAGCUGGAGCAGAUCCUUCACCAGAAGAUCGACGUCCUUAUCGAGCUGCGAGAUAAGGUCAAGUCAUUCCGCACCGCGCUGCAGCAGGAGGAACAAGCCAGUCGGCAGAUCAACCCCAAGAGGCCACGUGCCCUCUAGAGACGGCCCACUGAGGAGGGCCCGUUCGGAGCAGAACCACUGUGCUUGUGUCGGUCUAUGGAGGAGAGGACUGACGCUUCAGCCGAGCAACUCGUAACCGUUUACUCACUGAGGUCUUUGUUAGAAACUUGACAAGAUUAGUUCUCCUCAUUUUAGUCCCCUGCUUUUUAAAUUAUUUUCUUUUAUACUUGUUUGCGUUUGGACAGGAAAGAGGUUUUCUGUGCAGUAUUUGAUUUCUAGUUGCUCCUGUGUCUGCAUGUGCACUCUGUCAACCCUCCUCCCCCCCACGCCGCCGUCUCAUCAGAGUGUAGAGUUCUUCAUGUGGUUCCAGCAUUUUGAUCACGGCACAUUACAGUCCCAUCGUUCCUCAUGUCUCUAAGGAGGUUUUUGUCAAUAUGGAGAACGUGUUUUUCAUCACACUCUUAACACUUUCUUACAAAAAUGGAACUAGAACUAUUAAUAAAUGUAUAGUGACAGCUACUGAAGACAUUGGCCAGUGUUGACUGGAUGUCACGACCGGGUCAAGUGAUGAAGCGGCAUGUGCUCCUGAAGAAAAAUGUUGGAGAAACUAACCACUUUACGUUUGAAAACAAAGGGUUGAGAACAGUUGCAUUAUAACACUAUUGUUAGAGAUGGAACAAUCAAGAAUAUGAGCAACAUGAAUGACCAUCCACAAGCUUCAGCCCUGAGCUUUUCUUCGUCUGCCAUCAACGCCGUCUUUCCCUGGAGCACUGGACAGGUACUGACCACAGCACAGGAGUGCAAUCGUCGCUGUCCUCCCCUUCUUCUGUAUCCCAUCCAGAAUUGUAAAUAAUAAUAAUGCUCAAUAAAACGUUGAGCAUUGACUGCAA